AUGUUAGCGGAAUAUCUUCUUUUGCCAUUGUUGGCAUCUUAUGCCUCGGCCGUGCAGAUCUCUGUCGCUAAGUCUGGCGGUAAUGUCACUACUGGCCUGCAGUAUGGUGCAAUGGAAGAGGAAAUCAACCACUGUGGUGAAGGUGGUCUGUACGCCGAGUUGAUCCGCAAUCGAGCCUUCCAGGGAAGCACCACCUACCCUUCCAACUUGGAUGCUUGGUCUGCUGUCGGUGGUUCGAGCUUGUCCCUCCAAAACCUCACCAGCCCUCUUUCUUCUGCUCUCCCAACCUCCGUUCGGGUUCAGGGCAAGGGUACUUCAGGUUUCUCUAACUCUGGCUUCUGGGGUAUUGAUAUCCGUCCUCAGAAGUACUCUGGAUCCUUCUACGUCAAGGGUUCCUACAAGGGCUCCUUCACUGCCUCUCUCCAGUCAAGCAGCGGCGAAGUCUUUGCUGUGUCCCAAGUUGCUUCCAAGAGCGUUGCAAAUGAGUGGGUGCAGCAUGAAUUCACCCUGACCCCCAAGAAGGCAGCUUCCAACUACAACAACACCUUUGUGCUUACCUUUGACGCUUCCAAAGCAACUGGCGGCUCGCUCGACUUCAACUUGAUCAGCCUGUUCCCACCCACCUGGAACGACCGUCCCAAUGGCAUGCGCCGUGACCUUAUGCAAGCCCUGCAAGACUUAGGUCCUAAAUUCCUUCGCUUCCCUGGUGGAAACAACCUCGAGGGAGACACCAUCGAGGGUCGCUGGAAGUGGAACGAGACUAUUGGCCCAUUGACCCAGCGUCCUGGCCGUGCUACCACUUGGGGCUAUGAGGAGACCAGUGGUAUGGGUCUGGUUGAGUACAUGGAGUGGUGUGACGACCUUGGCAUGGAGCCCAUCCUUGCCGUGUGGGCCGGUCUCGCUUUGAACGGUGACCUUAUCGCCGAGGCCGAUCUUGAUUUCUACGUCCAGGAUGCUCUCAACGAGCUCGAGUUCCUGACUGGCUCUGUUGACACCACUUACGGUGCUCUGCGUGCCAAGUACGGACACCCCGAGCCGUGGACUAUCCGUUACGUUGAGGUCGGCAACGAGGAUAACCUCAACAGCGGUCUCAGCUCGUACGAGUCCUACCGCUUCCAGGCAUUCUAUGAUGCCAUCACCGAGAAGUACCCCAGUAUUCAGGUUCUGGCUUCCACCAUCGACAUGACGCUCCCCGGCAAUGCUGGUGGCGAUUACCAUUUGUACGAUAUCCCAGACAACUUCAUCACCAAGUUCGACAUGUUCGACAGCUACAGCGACGCGCACCCUCUCCUGCUUGGCGAGAUCGCUGCCGUCGAGUACAAUAACAAUGGCGCGGGCAUUAACUGGAACACCAGGGACGAGGAUUUCUCCUUGUACCCCUGGUGGGGAGGCUCAGUCGCCGAGGCAGUCUUCCUCUUGGGAGCCGAGCGUAACGCAGACAAGAUUAUCGGAACUACCUACGCUCCAUUCUUGAUGAACCUUGACAACUACGAGUGGUCUCCCACUAUGCUCUCCUUCAACGCUAACCCCGAUGACACCGCCAAGUCCACCAGCUGGCACGUUUACAACCUGUUCAACAAGAACCACAUGACCAACACUCUGCCCGCAACCUCCGACAGCAGCUUCGGCCCUCUGUACUACGCCACCGGUCUCAACAGCAAGACCAACUCCCACAUUUUCAAGGGCGCAGUGUACAACAGCACCGCCGAUGUCCCCGUGUCUCUGACCUUCGAGGGUAUUGGACGCGGCACCACCGCCGAUCUGACCAUCCUGACUGCCCCCAGUGACGUCUCCAUGAACGAAGUGGGUGGUGCCAACAUUGUGCAGAGCAAGGUUACCAAGAUCAAGGCUGGCAAGCAGGGUGUUUUCAGCUUCAGCCUGCCAAAUCUGAGUGUUGCGGUGCUUACGACCAACUAG